UCGCGAUUGGUCGAAGCGGGAACGGUGGGCCUAUGCGAAGUCGCGAAACACGCACGUUGGACCACCGCCGAAAUUCGGAGAGGACCCGAGUCGGCAAAGUUCAGUCUUCACUUGUCCAGUGUUCAAACAGAGUCGCAGCAGUCGGCGCUCCCACUUCGGCGCCCAAACCUCACACUCUGCCAAGUCGCAGCCGCUCUCACUGUGCUACGAACUCGCCGUGUUUACUUCUCUGCUGUGCGCGAACCGUGCGACAUGCACUACAUUCGACAGAACGAACGCUAAACACGGCCCCGACCAUGGGCUAAACAAACGAUUUUAUUAUUUAUUUUUUCGUUUUAUUUUUGUUUUAUUUUUUUAACUGAAAGUGAUAUGAACGCAGCGCGCGCUCGCAGUAACAAGUUGUUGACGAAUUUCGAACGGACGGUAACAAGAACUAUUGACAUGUUAUGAUAUUUAAAGAGUGGCCGAUGUAUUUUUUUGUUUUGGAACUUUUAUUUGUUAUUGAUAAAAACUAUUAAGUAAACCAGUGCGAUGGCAAGUAAUAAUAGUGGCGUGCAACCGGCGCAACAUUAUCAGGACUCCAGGAGCACCCCGUUUCCGUGCAAAGAAUGCGGCACCUACUUCAACUCGGCCGAGUCUUUGGAAGUGCACUUGCAAUACCACAAGGAGAACCUGCUGAAGAACUGGGCCAUCCAGGCGACCUCCCACUCGGAGGAGACCAACAACAACACCACUAACAAGGCGACGAUCAAACGUGAGUUUAUUUCAAACAAUACUGUAGCCGCCGCGGCGGAGCCGUCCGACGGCGGUCAAAAGAAGAGUCCGGAGUACAGCCGGACCACCCCCGAGACCAUUUUCGGACACCCUCCGACCCCGCAGAGCUACCACAGCGCUUCCUCCCCUUACCAGAAUCAGGAUAAUUCCGCCUUUUCGCCAAACUUUCAAAAUUUCCCCCUCAAAACCGAACGGGCAUCUCCAAACCCCAACCAUUAUCAAAACAACUAUCAAUAUCAAGAGCAGCAAUUCUUUAACCCUCUCGAUGCCAAUUCUCAGUACAACCAAGACUACCCGGUGCACAAAGGGCCCAUGCCAAACCCUUCGUACAGAUACCAUCCGUACGGGCAGCCCCAACAAAGCCCGUACGAUAGAACCCAACAGGCACCCUCUUCGUCAAGCCCUGCUUACCCUCCGCAGCCCACUCCGUCGCCUAGUCCCAAGCAAUGCGACAAGUGCGGCUACGUGUGCGAGUCCGCCUCUCAAUUAAUCGAGCACCAGAACAUGGCUCACCCUCCGACACCGCUCGCCUCCUAUCAGCCAAAUCAACAUUUCAUGUUCAACGAACAACAACAACAACAGCAACAACCCGCCCAAAUUAAAACCGAAGACGACGCUCAGAGCGACAUCCUCGACCUUGACUCUCACAAAGUCGUCCAUCAAGUUUAUCCCGAGGAAGCCGACAAGCAACGCCAAAACGGCGGCGGCGGCGGCGAUCCCAACGCCCAUAACCCACAUUCCGUGUCGGCGAUGCUCAACUCUUGGUCGCCCACGCAUCAACAGCAGCAGCUCACCGCCGCCCAGCAGCAAUACAAAAUGCUGGAGCAGCAACGCAUGUUCCUCCAGCAGCAGCAGCAGCAGCAGCAGCAGCAGCAGCAGCAACAAAACAUUCCAGAGAGCAAGAUGUUCUCACCCGAACAGAAGCUAUUCCAGCAGCAUCAGCUGCACAAUCCUGCCGAGUUUAUGAGCAACGGAGUGACCUCGACCACCUCCGAUUCGUCUGGGAACGGCAUGAGUCCCCAGCCGUACAGACCGUUCGAGCACCUGCCAUCUCAACCGAACCCGUCAGCGCCUGUGAUCACAACCCCUCAAGUUCCUACAAACCAACAGCAGCAGCAGCAACAGCAACCGCCCGCGCCGAUGGGCUCAUCGACAAAAUCGAGCAAUUGGAAGUCGAACGAGGCCCGCAGACCGAAAACGUACAACUGCACCGCUUGCAACAAGUGGUUCACCAGCUCGGGGCACUUGAAACGCCACUACAACACGACGCUGCACAAGAACGCGGUGAAAAGCAGCGGCGCGCCCGACCCUGCCACCAUGCCGAUCAGCGUGCACCACCAUCCCGCGAGAGAAUCGAGCAGCCGGGACGACCAGCAGUCCAACAGUCCCGGCGAAGAGAUGCGCGGCGAGGACACCAACAGCAUGCCCUCGGCACUGCAGUUCGAGCGUCCCAAUCCCGGCCUGCCGGGCCUGAUCCAGCAGCCUCCCAACGGCCCGUACGACCGGCAGCCGGCCCCCAACAUCCAUCACACGCCGCCUCUGCACUCGCCGAUGGGCGCGCACAUGAUGAACACUUCUAGUAUAUCAAAUUUAAGCAACGGGAGUCCCCCAAACGGGGAAGCAGGCCUCUCACCCACCAACUUAGACACGAGGGGCCUGCUGUCGCUCAGUUCACCCACCACCACGCACCAGCACAUCAGUAUGGCCACCCCCAAUACCACCACGCACCAGCCGCAUGGGUUCAGCAUGGCGCCGCCCCCUAUGAUGCCCAUGGAGAGCAGCCAGUAUCAGAUGUACCCAAACGAGUCGGCCCCCCACGUUACGCAGGCUAUGGCUAUCAGCAGCCUCAGUACUACUGGUGAAUUCCAGCAGUACGAGCAGGAGCAGAACGAUGCCAUGCAGCAAGAGCAGCAGGAGCAGCAGGAGAACCUGCAGCCGCUGCCCAGCUUCUCGCAGUUCCACCGCUACAACGGACUGCUGCUGAACUACGAGAACAAUGCGAACGUGGGGGGCGGGGGUUCGGCAACGACCCCUUACACUUCCUACUACAUCACCGACCCGUACGAGUUGAGCGCGGAACAGCAACAACCGAGAGCCGUCUACCGCACCGCCGACGAGGACUACAAGCUGACCAUCUUGACGGCGGCCGACGCCAACGCAAACACCGGCCCGCCGUCCGCGAUGCACGACGAGUACGUGCAGUACGCCAACAUAAACAACAACACCAUCCACCACAGCAACAAUCUUCUAACGAUAUCCACGCAGAUGCACGACAUGGAGGACAUCAAGAUGCGGUUGGACUCGCAGCCGAACUCCCCGGAGAAGGCCCACAUCAAGAGGGAUUUUGAAGAGCAAGUGGCCGUGGCCACGAGCACGCAGCGCACCACCACAGGGUCGCAGUCGACGGUGACGAAGAACGGGCUGCACAAGUGCAUAGACUGCGACAAGGUGUUCAACAAAGCGUGCUACCUCACGCAGCACAACAAGACCUUCCACAGCGGCGACAAGCCGUUCAAGUGCACUAGGUGCGGCAAGCGGUUCUCCUGCGAGGUCACCUACCAGGAGCACCUGACGAAGCACGCGGGCGAGAAGCCGCACAAGUGCGAGCUGUGUCCCAAGCAGUUCAACCACAAGACCGACCUGCGGAGGCACAUGUGCCUGCACACCGGCCAGAAGCCGUACGCGUGCGACACGUGCGGCAAGGGCUUCAUACGCAAGGACCACAUGAUGAAGCACUGCGAGACCCACGUGCGACGCACCCAGUCCAAGAUGGCCGCCAUGAGAUGAUUAGAGAGGGUAAUUCCCAUACAGCGCAAGAUGUCCAUUGGACGUCAAAUGGACGUCCAAUGGAUAUAUGUGCUGUCUGGGUUUAGUAUUUCCAGAGCACUCGGUGUUUGUGUAGAUAUUUUUGUUUUUGUCCUUAUUGGCACUUUUCUACUUAAAUGUUGUUGUAUCUCUAUCUAUAUCUGACCUAACUGCACUCGUUGAUUUUUCGAUAAGGAGACCACAUUCACCUACUUAAUAACAGCAACUUUUUCGCAAAUUUCAUCCGAGUGAAGUUUGCAAAAAAAAAUCUGUAUUAACCAGGCGAAUGAGCAUUUCUUGUUUUACUUUGUAAAUAUUGUUUUCGUGUUGAUUUUGGACGACAGUGUAAACAAAGAUACAAACAAACAAACAAACAAUCAAUUGCUCAAUUUUUCGUUAACAAUAAACACUGCGAAGUCACGUGUCCGACACUAUACAAUACAUUCAAAAUAACAGUAAUACCUCAUAAACUCAGUUAUAAUGAUAGAUAUAAUAUUAACAAAGUAUUUAUAUCAAAUUAUAUUAUAUCUUGUGGAUGUACAAACUAGAAACAAUUUUAUCAAAGAGUUGUAUAAAAUAAGAUGAAUAAAUAGAGUUUAGUAGAGCCGGUCUCUUGCCGAGCACUGGAAUUUCGAGUAAUAAUAAUACGCAAUAAUAAUGUUACAACGCAAAACGUUUUUGAUAUUUGUUUUCUAAGAUGUAAUAAAAUGUGAGAUGUUGUGUAUAUAUUUCAGUUAUUAGGUAAUAUUAUUGAUUUUAAACGAAACUACCUCAGUUUGAAUUACAUACAUAUGUGCCAAUUUAAUAAAAACGUUGUUUAUGAGAUACCAUAGACAAAAAUGUAUCCAGUGCCAAAUCCUUAUUUUUUACAGGCAAAAAUAAGGGCACCUCGUUACUACAUUUAGUGCAAUUUUUAUGUUUAAGUCGCCAGAUGUAAUAUGUUUAUCAGUUACCAGAUAUUGUUGUUUUUCUAUUUGUGUGAUCCCUUGUCUUAACGACGCAUCCAAAUACUGUAACUUUUUUGUAAAUUUUUUUCAAUGUACUUCCUCUACUGGCUUCAGCCAUAUAUUUUUACAUAGAAUCAAUCAAUGCAUAGUUAUUGUGUAUUUUUUGUGAAGACUGAAUGAAGUAUGUAGAAGUAUAAGUUGCCUAUGUGUACAUUUUUCCCCAUUAUUUUUAUUAUCUAUUAUUAUUAUUAUUAUUAUAUUAUAUAUGUUGCAAACCAGGCAUUUCUUUAAAUGUUAUGUUAUCUACCAAUGAUAAGA